GAGAAUGGCCAUAAAUAAGUGUUGUUAUUGUAUUCCGUUAAGAAUAGGAGUAAUAAUCAUAUCGAUAAUAUGGAUUUUGUUUGGAGCUUAUCAAACUGCAAAAGGUAUUGCUAGUCUUGCCAUAGCAAUACCAAAUAAUGGAGUAUUCUCGGUUGGACUAUUCCAAAAUCUUCGUGCAUUUAUUAUUGUAUCAGUUAUUCUUUACGCAUUAGUUACAAUUGGUGCAGCAUUUGGAUUAAUCGUUGUAUUAUGUGCACAUAAACCAAGAAAGUUGGAAAUAUAUGCUAAAAUAGCUUAUAUCAUCGCAGCAAUUCAAAUUAUAAGUAAUAUAAUAGAUAUUGCCGCUGUUGCACUAUUAAAUAAGGAAAUGAAGAAAAUGUGUUCCCAAUUUCCACAGGGAUUUUCAUCUACUGCUAAUCAAUUUGCCAAUUAUGCAACUGAUACAUGUUCUUCUACAAUUAAUAAUAUUUCAUCAGCAUCAUUAGCAUAUGUUAUUAUUAUUGCUAUUAUUGUAACAAUUUUUGUGGUAUACUUUGCUAUGGUAAUUUCAGCUUAUGCGCGUAAAAAAAGGGAACAAGAGGAUGCUGACAAAACUAACAAUCCACCGUACUAUUAA